AUGGACGACCCCGCCUCUCGCAUCCCGCAGCAGCUGCUGCCUCACAUGCAUUUGGUGUCGCGCAAUCGAUACCCUAGCAUGCACAUGAUGCCAACAGAGACUGCCGUUGAAUACCUGACUAGCGCCCCCCGGGUUUGCCAAAGCCAACCAAUGCACUGGACCUUCCUCGACGGCCCCCCCGAUGGCACAGUCAUGCUCACUUGGCAGCCAUUGAACCAUCUCGGAAAUAACUUUGCUAGCGACGGAUAUUUCUGGGCGGACCAGGAGCAGGUCUUCACCUUUGAAGCUCGCGGAUAUACCGUCGAAAUGUACCUCCACCGCAGUGGAUUCCACCCCCCAAAUGAGCCCGUUGCGACUCACUGCCGCAAGCGCUAUCGCAUCACCUCCUGCAAAAUCCCCAAUGCUCCUCAACCAGACCCAUCACUUUGGAUCGUCCACUACUCUCGCGCAUCGCCCCAAGAUCACGCCCCCGCCAACCGCAUUCCCAUGACCGCUCAGAUCCAAGGAAUUAUGGGCCAGCGUCGCUUCCUACAAAGCCAAGGACAAUUGGCCCGCAAGGAUUUCCUCCUUCACGACCGCAACAACUGGCCAGUCAUCAACUUCCCCCAGAUGGCCCCUCAAAACUUCGGACAGCCCGGACAGCCUGGACAAUUCCCGAAUGCACAGCCCCGGGCACCAGGCUUCUAUCCUCCCCAGGGCCACCCCGGAGCUAUCCCACCCAACGUGGCUGCAGCUAAAGGCCCACGUGGACAUCGCGCACCAUCGUCUGCGCUCGCUUCCGCGACUGCAGAUUUCGCCACCGAGGAUGAGGACGUUUCCAGCGGAGACACAAUGGAUUUGCUGACACCCCGUGACGUUAGCAAGAUGCGCUACCAGCAGCAUCACGAAUGGAUGGAGGAAAUCUUCGCAUCUCCCUAUAGCAUCACACAAAUCACGCCUGUAUCUUUGGGCCUCGGCCGAAAGGGAGAGCUUGAAUCUUUGACUGCAGGCUUUUUUGAUGCCCCCGUUGGGACCUCGGGCGGAGAGGGCCAGGAGGCAGGCGACGCUCCCAACGCCACCAAGAUGGAACCCGCCAAGGCGGAAGAAUUUGCAGAGCGUGUCUCUCAGAAGGUCGCGGACAUGACCGCUGAAAUCGAAAAUCUCAAAAAGCAGCAUGCGCGCCGUAUGCAGCGGUUCAACCGCACUUCUCUGCUGAAGGACUCGGAGCUGCGUCUCCGCGAGGCUGCCGCGGACCCCACCGAUAAGGGCCCCGAGGUCUGGCGACUCGAGGGUCGUGUUAUCAUUCCCACGGAAGACGAGGCACAACCGUUGGAUUAUAUCGAGGAUAACGCCAAAUUCAGAGUCGACGAUAUUGUUCGGGAAGUGGAAGGUGCAUGGAAGAAACAGAUCGUCUCCGAGCCCAAGAUCUCUUGUGUCGAGAAGGGUGGACUGCUGGAGAAAAUCGAGCCCGAGCACAAAGACGAACCCGACUCCUUCACCAACGAUAUGGUGAUGGACCACGAUGACUCUCACCUGCUCAAUCAAUUCGGUAGCCCCGGCGUGGGCGGCGGUCUGCCUUCCAGCGUCUCUGUCAACGGCCAACCAAUCCCCGGCGCCGAUCUCGCCGGCGAUGUUGAAAUGGACAUGGGUGACCAGCUCCACGGUGGCCCCAAUGGUCAAUCCAGCGACUGGGGUAUGGUCAACACCGAUAGCAAGGAUCACAACGUCGGUGGGGAGUUCGACUUCACCAACAUCGACAGCGCUGGAGAUGCGCUGGCGGCCUACAGUGAGCAGCAUGAUGGGCUUGAUCUGCCAGAUCUGGAGAACUCGGCCUUUGGCGAUGCCUUCCAUGCCUCUGACAACGAACACUCUCACCACCCCGACGCCGACGACAUUUCUUAG